CAGAUGCAAACAGCGCACUCAAAUUGCAAACCGCAAGCAGAGGUUUCGCGUUAGAGAGGCGUCUUGAUAAACGCACUUCUUUCGUUCUCUCUCUCUCUGGUCCUCAUCUCCUUCUUCAUCUGCCCUUCGCAUUUUUCCAUUUCUCAACGAAAAUGAGAGAAUGCAUCUCGGUCCACAUCGGUCAGGCCGGUAUUCAGGUCGGAAAUGCUUGCUGGGAACUCUACUGUCUCGAGCACGGCAUUCAGCCUGAUGGCCAGAUGCCAAGCGAUAAGACUGUUGGGGGUGGUGAUGAUGCUUUUAACACCUUCUUCAGUGAAACUGGUGCUGGGAAGCAUGUCCCCCGUGCAGUUUUUGUAGAUCUAGAACCUACAGUUAUUGAUGAGGUCAGGACAGGGACGUACCGACAACUCUUUCACCCUGAACAACUCAUUAGCGGCAAGGAAGAUGCAGCUAACAAUUUUGCUCGUGGCCACUAUACCAUUGGGAAAGAGAUCGUUGAUCUGUGCUUGGAUCGUAUCCGAAAGCUUGCUGACAACUGCACUGGUCUACAAGGGUUCCUGGUUUUCAAUGCUGUGGGUGGGGGCACUGGUUCUGGUCUUGGCUCCCUUCUCCUCGAACGACUUUCAGUUGACUAUGGCAAGAAGUCUAAGCUUGGGUUCACUGUAUAUCCCUCACCACAGGUUUCUACCUCCGUUGUUGAGCCCUACAAUAGUGUCCUCUCUACCCACUCCCUUUUGGAGCACACUGAUGUUGCUGUGCUGCUCGAUAAUGAGGCGAUCUAUGAUAUCUGCAGGCGUUCCCUUGACAUUGAGCGCCCCACAUAUACAAAUCUUAACCGAUUGGUGUCUCAGGUGAUUUCAUCGCUAACUGCCUCUCUGAGGUUCGAUGGUGCCUUGAAUGUAGAUGUGACUGAGUUCCAGACUAACCUGGUUCCAUAUCCCAGGAUUCACUUCAUGCUUUCGUCUUAUGCUCCUGUGAUCUCAGCUGAGAAGGCCUACCAUGAGCAGCUAUCGGUUGCAGAGAUCACCAACAGUGCGUUUGAGCCUUCAUCCAUGAUGGCCAAGUGCGACCCCCGCCAUGGCAAGUAUAUGGCCUGCUGUCUGAUGUACAGAGGAGAUGUGGUGCCCAAGGACGUCAAUGCAGCUGUGGCCACCAUCAAGACCAAGCGUACCAUCCAAUUUGUUGACUGGUGUCCAACUGGAUUUAAGUGUGGCAUUAAUUACCAACCCCCAACCGUUGUUCCUGGUGGUGAUCUUGCCAAGGUUCAGAGGGCAGUGUGCAUGAUCUCAAACUCCACCAGUGUUGCUGAAGUGUUCUCCCGCAUUGACCACAAGUUUGACCUUAUGUAUGCAAAGAGGGCAUUCGUUCACUGGUAUGUUGGUGAGGGCAUGGAGGAAGGUGAAUUCUCGGAGGCCCGUGAAGACCUUGCUGCCCUUGAGAAAGAUUAUGAGGAGGUUGGUGCUGAGGCUGGUGAGGAUGAGGAAGGCGACGAGGGGGAUGAGUAUUAAGAAACGAAUGCUGCUUUUAAAUAACAUGGCUUGUGUACUUAAUAUUGCUUUAGUUCCGUGGCGCUGACUUGUGCCCUUUUCUUUCCAAACUGUUGACUUGCUCUAGUCGUUGCUGUGGAUUCUAGUUGCUGGUUCACCUAGAGUGAAGCAGCUAUCUUUGUUGCUUAUGUGGUAUACUCUGUUCCUGUGUCGAACUUUUCAAUGAUAUGACUAUGGCCUAUUAUAUUUA